AUGAACACUCUCCGAACAGCUCAUUGCCCUCUUGGCGUGGUCCCUACUGCUGGUCCUCCAUCAAAUGCCUUCAACUCUUCUUCUUCUUCAGCUUCACUUCUUGAAGCCCAUCCUGCGUGUCUUUCCCUGUCGCACGAAGCGAUUACAUUAUCAACACCGAAAGCUGCUGCAGCCGCUUCCUGGAAAGCUCUAGCAAGUUUGCCCGAUGCACCUCCUCUUUGUCAGCAGUCUAACGUUCUUUCCAAGCGGGUGCCAGUUGCUUCUCUAUCGGAAUGGCUUUCGGCUCUCCUUCCUCAGGCUUCCGCCUCCUCCUCUGAGACCUCUGCUCAUUCCUCUCCGACUCGGUCCUCCGGACCACUGGUUCCUGCUCUUGGCCCGACUGACUGCACUGCCAUUCGUUCGCCUCAACGGAAAACCGAGUGCACUGCCAGUAUUGGAUGCGAAUACUGUGUUGUGGAAUCCGAUGGCCAAUCUGUGCUGAAUGAAGGAUUUUGUGCACCGAUGGGAGUCUGUUUUGGAGGAGUAAUUGGGACACCACUAAGCUUCUUUGACGAGAAACGACCUCCUCUAACUUCUCCACCAUUUCCACCACCUCCGCAUAUGAUGAUGCCACAGCCUUCCCUUGAAAAUCCUUUGCCAUCUUCUGGAAGUUUCUACAACUUUCAGAAGAAUGGUGGUGCUGGUGAUUCUCAAUCAGCCGCUGCUGCAGCACAUUUCUAUCAUUACUAUUAUUACUAUCAUUAUUAUCACAACCAACAGCAGCAAUUGGGGGGAAAAUAUCGUGAAGAUGAAGAUCUCCAUGCCUCACCAUAUAUCCUUGCCAGGCAUUACAUUGGCAAUGGAGAGAGGAGUGAUCUACUUGUUGGAGGAGGGGGCGUUGGGAGUGGAUUGUUGGCAGCUUGGACAAAUGCAAAUCCAGUAGGACCCGUUGCAGGUGCUGUGCUGGCAGUUUUCAUUGUCCUUCUACUGGGUGUCUACUGUCUAAGACAUCAGGCUGCCAAUAGAGCACGGCAGAGUGCAGCGGCGGGUGCAUUAGCCGCUGGAAAUGGUGGAGAUUGUGUAAUAACUGAACUGUUAAAUGGAGACGGGGACACUGAUUGCGAUCCCAAUCAUCAGGCAGGAUGUGGGAAAAGUCAUUCGGGCGAUAAAGUUUGCUGUUGUGAAAGACCCCUAGAAAGUGGUACAGAUGAUGACAAGUCGCCGCCGACUGCAGGUGCUGUAGCUCUUCUCGUUAAAGCGACAAGUGCUUCAUCAACAGCAGGUAGCGGAAUCGAUGAGCCGAGUAUUUCUGCUUGUGAUAGCGGGUCCGAACAUCAUGCUGUUUCUUCUCUGCGUCCAACUACCCCUUCUGCGUUUGGUCCCUCCACCUUCUCUACAGUCUCUCCAGGCGCAUCGGGGACUGCAGCAGCAAUUAUCAUCGAAGGUGUUGGGGUCUUCGUGAAAAGUAAUGUAUUUUCGAGCGAACAGUUAGCUCAAGUGCCCGAAGAAAAAGCCGAGAUGCCUCUUGCGGAGUUUGUGACUGAUCCCACGGCAGUUAGUCCCUAUCGUGUUACUGAGAGCAGCACAGUGGCUACAGUCAGACCUCCAGGAACAGACGAUCAGAUUACAACAGUGUCUUCAUCUGCUGCCACCACAACGGAUCAUGGAUAUGUGAGCAAUGAUAGACCAAGCUCCAGUUGUGCUGAAUCUUCAUCUCUUACUGACUCAUUCGUUCUUGGGCCAUCAGUUUCAAGCGGAGAAAAGCCCACCCGUGAUGGUGAGCCGCCACUAAUUCUUGGCAAUGAUUGCGAAACCGGCGCAGCUUCCGUAACAAGUGGAGGUGGCCCUUGGAUAGGUACUCUAAUUCUUGGACCAGGAAUGGACGACGUGAUGUGUGCAGAGGAGUUGGAAAAUCAACUCAUGCUACUUUCGGCAAAAAGAGCCCAGCAACUUCAGCCUCAGUUGCAUCACUCUUCACGUAAUCAUUUUCUUCCCUCCUGGAGAAAGGCCUACCAACAUUAUAGACAACUACAUCAUCAUCAGGGUAUAUCACAAUCUCAACAUCAGAGGCAUGGAAACCAGCAAUUGGAAUCAAACGACCCUCUUCUUGGCCCAUCUUCCUCUUUUACUCAUAGGACAUCCUCACAAAGUCGUAGUUCAGGUGUGCUGGCUAGAUUCCCUGUUCUUGUUCAACCCCCGCCGCCACAAGUUUCCCUUCGACGGGCAGCACAGCAGACACAAUCUUCUCAACAGAAUACAUCUACUCAUACGGGAGAUAAUAUUGUUUGA